AUGAAGGCUAUUUUCCAACACUGUUCCCCUGUUGAUCCUAAGGAGUUGUCAAAACAUGGCCAUUUUUCCAAACUAAUGCCCCGUAUAAACCACAGAGACAAUUUGGCAAAUGCUGCAACUCGAAAGCUCUUAUUAGACUGGGCAGAAAUGGUUGGAGAUGGAUGGGAGAGCGAAUCUCAUAGCUCACUGAGUAAAGUUGGCAAUUGGUGUUCGCUAGUUUUCCCUGAAACAAAGCCGGAGAGGUUAGGAACUCUGACCUAUCUCACCGAUCUCGGGUUGAUACACGAUGCUAAUCAGGAGCAUCAAGUACUCUGUGCCGCUUUGAAUGAUUCCGAUAAUUCAAACAUACCUGGAGGUUCCCGUUCUCAAAAGAUUAAGAAUCUAGCGGCUCAAUUUUUGUUCCAAGCAAUGAGCAUUCAUUACGAAAAGGGUUCGAUGAUGAUCAAAGCUUAUCGAAAGAAGUGGCUCGAGGUGAUGGACAGCCCACCAUCGAAUGCCUUCAAAAUUAUCUCAUCUUACUUGAAGUUUCGAAUGAGCAACGGCGGCAUGGAUUUCGAUCGGGAGUACGCAGCAGUCAAAUCCAACCCCGAGGCUCGUAUCGUGAACGGGGUAUUCCUCCUCAUGCUAAACGACGGUAUCGAUGAGGCUGAGGCAAGAUCAUCAAUACGCGAUCUAAUCGUCGAGUAUGAGUUGCAGUUCCUUGUUCGAUGGAAAAAAUACCAGGAGAAAAAUAUCAAAAUGUCGAUGAAUCUCCGACGCUUCAUAGAAAGAGCAGGUGCUAUCGUGGCCGGUAACCACUGGUGGUGUACCGUGUGCCCUAGGCAUCGUUCUUUCAAGACCCAAGCAGCGAAAGCGCCGCAAACACAUGUCGCUCCUUCAAAACCCCUACCUGCUGGUGGACCGAAAAGAACCGACUCUGCGACAUCCAUUGACACGGUUUUCAUCACCCCUCAACUCUCUCAAGAAGCACUAGUAGAACCUAUUGAUUAUCUCAAAUUAAUGUCAUCGAAAGACGUGAAGAGCAUCGAAGAGAUCAUAGAUACCCUUCACCAAUCAUCAUUGAUCCUGGACGACAUCGAAGACAACUCCGGUAUCCGACGUGACCUACCGUCCGUCCACACAAUAUAUGACCAGGCCCAGGCAAUCAACAGUGCAACAUACAUGUUUUUUCGGGCCGUGAACCUAACCUCUUCAGGGUUAAGUCCCAAAGGGCUAUCACGCCUGCUGGAAGGUCUUGAGCGUCUAUUCGUUGGCCAGAGCUGGGAUUUGUAUUGGAAACACAAUCUGAUCUGCCCCUCGAAAGAGGAGUACUUGCAGAUGGUGGAUGGAAAGACAAUGAGCAUGUUCAGAGCGCUGGUUGAGCUGAUGGAAGUCGAAAGCCUCACACCGUGUCCUCCCAAGACUGAAAAUCUCAUUUUCCUCUUGGGGAGGUAUUUCCAGAUCAGGGACAACUACAUGAACUUGGUAUCUAAAGGAUACGCAGCGCAGAAGGGUACUUGUGAGGAUCUCGAAGAGGGCAAAUUUUCCUUCCCGAUCAUCGCUUGCAUACAGGAUUGCCCGGCCUCCAAGGGCAAGAUCCUUGGUUUGUUUCGCCAGCAUGCGGCUGGUCAGAAGCAGCAGUCGAUCGGGAUGGGUGACGAGUGUAAGCGUCUUAUCAUGCAGAUCUUGAACGAUGGAGGGGCUCUUGCUACAACUAAGAGCUAUCUUUUAGAACUAGAAGAUAGCCUCAAGGAGGAGAUCGGGUGCCUGGAAGCAAAGACAGGAAAGACUAAUAGCCUGUUGACGCUUUUGAUUGAGACUCUGAGUCUUAAUCAAUAG